GAACGAAUCUUUGCAAGUCUGGUAGUGAUACAUGGCUGACGUUUGCUCAUGGAAUUUAGAGGCCAGUACUCAGAUGCAGUCUUAUCCUCCUUAGAGUCUCAGAAUGAUGCCGAGGUUGAGGGUAUUACGGCCAAGGUGAAGAUGCUGAAAGACAUUACCGUAGCCAUUGGUGACGAGAUCCGUGAAUCCUCCGCCUUCGCAGAUAAAAUGAAUGACACAUUUGAUAAUACUCGAGUUCGACUACGCGGCACCAUGAACCGAAUGCUACGAAUGGCAGAGCGUAGUGGCGUUGGAUGGAAAGUCUGGCUUGGAUUCUUUGUCGCCGUUUUCAUGCUCUUCACAUACGUCUGGCUGUUUUAAGCGCUCGCGAGUUGUUCCACAUGUCCAUUAUUCCGCAUUGACGACCUUGCUCGGUAUCUAAAUGACGGCCUACGUAUUCCCCGUGAUCGAUAAUUCAUCGCUACUUACACAUUUAUAAUGCAACACUAUUAUACCUACCUACUGUUUCAGACACGUCCGCUCUCGAUCGACCUUACGACUCCCGCUCCUUGUUACCUAUUUUCCGGUGUUUGCUCCAGGAUGGCAAAAAUAUUUACCAUUAGCCGGCGCUGUCAGAGGGAAAUGCACCAAUAACACUUUGCACAAGCACACGAUCUCUUUUUAGUUAUGGGAAACCUUUUCUUUUCUCCUCUUGUAUCUGUCCAUUUCGAGGAAGCAUCUGACACGAGACCUCCUGGUGAGCUCGAAGGAGGACGGCGUUUUCGUUGCCAUUUCGCAUAUCACAUGUAUAUUUAUAUAGCCCUUUUUAAUACCCGUGGCCGCAGGGCUUUGACUCCGG